UGGUUCUAGUGCUGCAAAGCGGUUCAUGGUUAACCAGCACUGUUCAUAUAUACCCUUAUUUACAUUUAAACAUAGCACGCAUUUUAUUGCUCAUUUAAAAGGUUUUAUUAAUAUAUGGAGUUUAUCUGGAAAACCAAUACUGAAUAGCAUAGCGUAGCACUCGAAAACCGUUUAUCACGUGCCUCAAUCCCGCCCAAAUUGGUGCACGUGACAUUUUUGGCAGGGUAUCGAUACGUUCGUGUGGAGGGGACUAUCUGGUUUGGUUUUGUUUAUCUUUGAAAAUGGGUAAAAGCGAGAAAAAAUCAAAGAAAAAGCACAAGGAGAAGCGCAAGGAGCACAAGGAGAAGCACAAGUCCAAGAAAUCGAAAAAGCACACCAAGCAAAAGGAGGCAACUCCGCCGCCGCCGCUGCCGCUGCCGGCCCAAGAAAUAGAUGAGGAUUUUGCCAUACCAAUAGCACUGAUGAACAGCAAAUCCCAUGCGCCCGAGACACCGGAGGAAUAUCAGCGCCGUCAGAGCCAGAUACGUCGCGAGGUGGAUCCCGUGACCGGCCGCAUACGCCUCAUCAAGGGCGACAGCGAGGUGCUGGAGGAAAUCGUGAGUAGAGAGCGCCACACGGACAUCAACAAGAAGGCCACACGUGGCGAUGGCGCGUACUACGAAUCCCGAUCUCUCGACGCGGCUCGUCGCAAAAAGUAGAAAGAAACCAAAGUGAAAUGCAGGAAAAACAAAAAUGAAACCCAUAAAAUAUUAGUAUUAAUUAAUAACUGUCCGUUUAAUAAACAAAUGCUAGCUCGGA